CCCGCCAUGGCCCACUUCGAGACGCAGUACCAGCGCCUGGAGAGCUCCUCCACCGAGUCCCCCCCCGGCGGUGGCGACCUGCUCGUCCACGUCCCCGAGGGCGCCAAGUCUCCGUGGCAUCACAUCGAGAACCUGGACCUCUUCUUCUCUCGCGUCUAUAACCUGCAUCAGAAGAAUGGCUUCACCUGCAUGCUCAUUGGAGAGAUCUUUGAGCUCAUGCAGUUCAUCUUUGUGGUGGCGUUCACCACCUUUCUUAUCAGCUGCGUUGAUUAUGAUAUCCUUUUUGCCAACAAAGCGGUAAAUCACAGCCAGCAUCCCAGUGAGCCCAUUAAGGUGACUCUGCCAGAUGCCUUCCUGCCUCCAAAUGUCUGCAGUGCAAGAAUCCAGGCAAACAGCUUCCUCAUCUGCAUCCUGGUGAUAGCUGGGGUUUUCUGGAUCCACCGACUUGUCAAAUUUAUCUACAACAUUUGCUGCUACUGGGAGAUUCACUCUUUCUACAUCAAUGCCCUCAAAAUCCCCAUGUCCACCCUGCCAUACUACACCUGGCAGGAGGUGCAGGCCCGCAUCGUGCAGAUCCAGAAGGAGCACCAGAUCUGCAUCCACAAGAAGGAGCUGACAGAGCUGGACAUCUACCACCGCAUUCUCCGCUUCAAGAACUACAUGGUGGCCAUGGUGAAUAAGUCACUGCUGCCCAUCCGCUUCCGCCUGCCCCUGCUGGGAGACACCGUCUUCUACACGCGUGGGCUCAAGUACAACUUUGAGCUCAUUUUCUUCUGGGGGCCCGGUUCCCUCUUUGAGAACGAGUGGAGCCUGAAGGCUGAGUACAAGCGGGCUGGGAACCGCCUGGAGCUGGCUGAGAAGCUCAGCACUCGCAUCCUCUGGAUUGGCAUUGCUAACUUCCUCCUCUGCCCCCUCAUCCUCAUCUGGCAGAUCCUGUACGCCUUCUUCAGCUACACAGAGAUCCUGAAGCGGGAGCCGGGCAGCCUGGGUGCCCGCUGUUGGUCUCUCUACGGCCGCUGUUACCUCCGUCACUUCAACGAGCUGGACCACGAACUGCACUCACGCCUCAGCAAGGGGUACAAGCCAGCUUCCAAGUACAUGAACUGCUUUAUCUCCCCGCUCCUCACCAUCGUGGCCAAGAACGUGGCCUUCUUUGCUGGCUCCAUCCUGGCUGUGCUCAUCGCUCUCACCAUCUAUGAUGAGGAUGUGCUGGCGGUCGAGCACGUCCUGACCACGGUCACCCUGCUCGGGGUGGGCAUCACGGUGUGCAGGUCUUUCAUCCCUGACCAGCACCUGGUGUUUUGCCCAGAGCAGCUGCUGCGAGUCAUCCUGGCGCACAUCCACUACAUGCCUGACCACUGGCAGGGCAAUGCCCACCGCUACGAGACCAGGGACGAGUUUGCCCAGCUCUUCCAGUACAAAGCGGUCUUCAUCCUGGAGGAGCUCCUGAGUCCCAUCAUUACCCCCCUGAUCCUCAUUGUCUGCCUGCGGCCCAAGUCCUUGGACAUCGUUGACUUCUUCCGCAACUUCACUGUGGAGGUGGUGGGUGUGGGUGACACCUGCUCCUUCGCCCAGAUGGAUGUGCGCCAGCAUGGCCACCCAGCGUGGAUGUCGGCAGGAAAGACGGAGGCCUCCAUUUACCAGCAGGCCGAGGACGGCAAGACGGAGCUGUCCCUCAUGCACUUUGCCAUCACCAACCCCAAGUGGCAGCCGCCCCGGGAGAGCACGGCCUUCAUCGGCUUCCUGAAGGAGCGGGUGCACCGGGACAGCAGCAUGGCACUGGCUCAGCAGGCUAUGCUCCCCGAAAAUGCCCUCUUCAGCUCCAUCCAGUCCCUGCAGUCGGAGUCAGAGCCUCACAGCCUGAUUGCCAAUGUGAUAGCAGGCUCCUCAGCACUGGGCUUCCACAUGGGCCGGGACGGGCAGGCCUCCCGCCAUCUCUCCGAAGUGGCCUCGGCCCUGCGUUCUUUCUCCCCGCUCCAGUCUGCCCAGCAGCCUCCCAGCGGCUUCCAGACGGCAGGAAGGGAUGGAGAGGGAGCCCAGCAUCGAGGCGCCAGCGCCAUGACAGCCUCUGGUGCCGAUGCGAGGACCGUGAGCUCGGGGAGCAGCGCCUGGGAGGGUCAGCUACAGAGCAUGAUCCUGUCAGAGUACGCCUCCACUGAGAUGAGUCUCCAUGCACUCUACAUGCACGAGCUGCACAAGCAGCAUGCCCAGCUGGAGCCUGAGCGGCACACUUGGCACCGGCGAGAGAGCGAUGAGAGCGGGGAGAGUGCCCAUGAGGAGCUGGAUGCUCAGCGGGGUGCCUCCGUCCCCAUUCCUCGCUCUGCCAGCUAUCCCUUCUCCUCACCGCGGCAGCCUGCCGAGGAGACGGCCACGCUGCAGACCGGCUUCCAGAGGCGGUAUGGUGGCAUCACAGACCCGGGCACAGUACACAGAGCCCCAUCACACUUCUCCCGCCUCCCUCUAGGAGGCUGGGCUGAGGACGGGCAGUCAGCGAGACACCCAGAGCCCGUGCCAGAGGAGAGCUCAGAGGAUGAGCUUCCACCACAGAUCCACAAGGUAUAGCCUUGUAGACCGGGGAUCUCGUGGGGGUUGCAGACUGAGAGCCGCCUGGGCAGCGGGAUGUGGCGUCAGCCUGAUUAUUCUCCCGUCCUGAGUGGACAGGAUAGUCCCAGGCUCCAUUUUGUUGCCAUCAAUUGCCGAAGAGACAAAACUGCCAGGCCGGUGGCUUUGCGGUGGCAUUUUGUGUCCAGCCGUGUGUCAAGCCAACACCACUCUGACUCUUGUGGGGUGAAUGCGUGUGUGAGUACAUACAUGUGUCUGUGUUCACAUCUGUGUCGUCCGUGUCGGAGGAUCGCUGUAGAGCCUGCAAAAGCUGGCAUGACGGGACUAGCAAUGGGGAGCUGUGGACUGGCUUGGAGGUGGCAGCAACAGCUGCUGUUCGAAGAGAUAUGAGAUAGCACCAGCUCCAGAUGUCCGCCCGGAGCUGGAACCUGCUUCCAAAAUGAAGGCAGGAGCUGUUGAGGGGCAUCUAGCUCAGCCUGUAGCACCACACCUGCCUUGCCUGCAGCCCUGGGGAGGUGCCCAGGACCAUGUUCGCCCUCCUGGAGAGGACCAGUGUUGUACCCUUCAGCCCAGAGCAGGACAGCAGUGGGGCAGUCGCCCACCCCUCUGCCCCACCACCCUGCAGAGGGAUGGGCCCCUGCUGUUGCUGGUGUGGGUAGGGGUGGGAUCUAGAGCUGGUGGGAACAGCUCUGGCCAGGAUCCGGGGAUGCUGCAGCUCUUCCCUAACUCUCAUGACAGCUGGCCCAUCCCCUGCAAGUAAGGAAGAGUUGGUGGGGUGGAAGUCAUCCUGGGUCCCUGACAUCCCUCCUGGCUGGCAGCCUCUGUGCCGUACCUCAGGGCUAGGGCAGCAGCAUCCUCCCCCCUGCAUGGCACCCAUGGGAUGUGGGCUGCUAGCAGGCCCUCCUGCAGUGCCAAAGAGGCCCCGAGGUGGGGCAGCUGGGCAUCUCCCAGGAGUGUUUGCACCCCACCCUGAAGGUCUUGUGCUCUGUGUAUUGAUUCCCUUCCCCCAGGCAUGAUAAAGGCCUUUUCCCCAUGCCCAGGCUGCGGUGCAUCAGGUCCGUCCUGAUGUGGCCAUUUCUGUGGUAUGGGGCCUUUCCCCUUCCCCAAGCAAAGGGUUCAGUGCAUCUUGUGUCUCACCUGGGGCUCCCAGCUCCUCCUUCCUUCCUGAAACCAUCCUUUUGCUUGCAACAUGACUUCAGCUGCUGUGGAGACCAUAUACCAAGCAGCUGGCUCAUGCCUGGGGGGGGCAAGGAAGGGUGUCCUGAACCCAGAAGGGAGAGGCAAACCCCAGCCUAGCCCUGGGGUGGUGGUGGGGGAUGGGGAUCCCAGCUGUGCAGCGUGGCCUCAGACAAGACCUUCCCUCCAUCAUUCUGGUUUCCUACUCCUCUCAUCCAGCUGCAGCUUGUGAGGAUCUACAUCCCGGCUAACACCUGCCAGGCUUUGCUUCCCCCUCCCUCCCCUUGCCUCUGGCAGGGGCUGCUUGCUUUUGCCAUGCCCUCUGCGAGCACCGCAGGCCCUCCUCUGCCAUCGCCUCUCUUCCCCUGCCAGGGUUAUCGCACUCUGCCCUUUGAGCCUGGGCUGGGCGCGUGCUGGUGAGCUGGCUGCUCCCAGCGCUGCAGGGGUGCACGCACCCGGGUAGCCAGGGCAUGAGCAGGGCUGGGGUGCUCACGCAGGGGUAGGCUUUUUCGGGGCAGCGGAUUCCCUGCUGCGAUGGGGUGGGAUGGACCAGAGCUGCGACUGUUGUGGGGUCUGUAAGAGACCAAAUGGAGUGUGCUAAAGCAGAGCUCGAGAUGGAGUCAGGACUCAGCCUGGCAGGAGGUCCACAGACCUGGGUGCUGCUGGGGUCCUCCCAUGGAGGAGUGGCUGCAACGACCCCACAGCAGCUCCAGCUUGGGGCUGUCAUGGCAUGGCAAAGGGAAACUGAAAGCAGAUUUCCCAGGAACCCAAGCUUUCCAGUGGCUUCCCUGGCACCUGGGCUGCUGCCCUGCAUGGAGGUGAGCCUCCCUGGGGGCUGCGGGAUGUCUGGGCUUCCUGGUGGACUUGCUGCUGAUCUGUGAGCGGAUGAAGGCUGGCAGUGCCCUGGGGCAGGGGGGAAAGUCUGGGCCUUUCCCUGGGUUGGCAGGAGGGAUAGGCCGGGCAGGAGCAUGCUGGAGUCCUUGCCGCAUGUUGUGCUUGUGUUGUCAGUGUCCCGUGUGCAUGGCGAGCCACUCUUCCUCAUCUCCCGGGGCAUGUGGGCAUGGGGUUCCCCAGGGAGCGUGGUAUCGCACCCCCCAUGCCCUCGCUGUACAGCUGUAUAGCCGUCUAAUAAAGAUGGGCU